AGGGCAGAGCACACACGGAGCAACAAGAUGGCAGCCAACAUGUACCGGGUCGGAGACUAUGUCUACUUCGAGAAUUCAUCGAGCAACCCUUUCCUAAUCCGAAGGAUAGAGGAACUGAACAAGACUGCGAAUGGAAAUGUCGAGGCAAAAGUGGUUUGUUUCUACAGAAGGCGGGACAUCCCGAGCACCCUUAUUGGACUCGCAGACAAACACGCAAGCCAAGAGUUGGAUAACUGUGACCCAGCCCUGCCUUCAGAGGUUCCAGAGGUUCAACAGGAAACGUUGACGAAGUCUGAGGAUCUUGAGGAGGAAAUGGAAACAGACAGCCUGCAGCAGCUAACAGAGAAACAGCAGCACCAGCUCAAACAUCGAGAACUCUUCCUGUCACGGCAACUGGAAUCUCUGCCAGCGACACACAUACGGGGAAAAUGCAGCGUCACUCUGCUGAACGAAACUGAAGCGGUUUUUUCAUAUCUGGAAAAAGAGGAUUCCUUUUUUUACUGCCUCGUUUACGACCCGCAACAGAAGACUCUCCUCGCAGAUAAAGGAGAAAUCCGUGUAGGUCCCAGAUACCAGGCCGAUAUUCCUGAUUUACUGAAAGAAGGUGAAGAGGAUGGCAGGGAUCAGGUCAAACUCGAAGCAAAAAUCUGGGACACAGACAACCCUCUGACAGACAGGCAGAUAGACCAGUUUUUGGUCCUCGCCCGGUCUGUGGGUACGUUUGCUCGAGCCUUAGACUGCAGUAGCUCCAUCCGACAGCCAAGUUUGCACAUGAGCGCAGCUGCUGCUUCUAGAGACGUCACGCUGUUUCACUCGAUGGACACGUUGCAUAAAAAUAACUACGACGUCUCGAAGGCCAUCUCUGCGCUGGUGCCCCAGGGCGGGCCGGUGCUGUGCCGGGACGAGAUGGAGGAGUGGUCCGCCUCCGAGGCAAACAUGUUCGAAGAGGCACUCGAGAAAUACGGCAAGGAUUUCAGCGACAUCCGGCAAGACUUUCUCCCGUGGAAGGCUCUAACCAGCAUCGUCGAGUACUACUACAUGUGGAAAACGACAGACCGAUACGUACAGCAGAAACGCUUGAAAGCGGCAGAAGCAGAAAGCAGACUAAAGCAAGUGUACAUCCCCAACUACAAUAAACCAAACCCCAACCAGAUCAAUGUGAAUAGCACGGUGGCCAAGUCUGCGAUGGUUAAUGGAGCUGCCGUCCCGGGGCAGAACGGCGGAGCGGGGAGAGCUUGUGAAAGCUGUUACACUACUCAGUCUUACCAAUGGUAUUCCUGGGGUCCUCCUAACAUGCAGUGCAGGCUAUGUGCAACGUGCUGGAAUUACUGGAAAAAAUAUGGUGGCCUGAAGAUGCCAACGAGACUAGAAGGAGAGCGACCUGGUCCCAACCGUAGCAGCGCAAAUCCGCACGGAUAUUGGGUGAAGAACGCAAACCCCAAGUUUACACUGAAGACGAGACAGGCUUUCUGCCUUCAGACGACCAAGCUAACCAAAAUCGCACGGUAUUUCUGUCGGAGCCUCUUCCACACACGGCAGUCAGCGAGGCGUCCGUUCACACCCAUCAACAGCGCGGCCAUCAAAGCUGAGUGUACUGCAAGGCUUCCAGAAAUCGGGGAGAAACCCAUCAAGCUCAAACCCUCUGUCAGGAAGACCCUGGAGUCUAUAGCAAAAUACCUGGAGCUUCACCCGUCUGUUAAGCCCAUCUGCAGCCUGGCUGUGCACUCGGGAAGCGUGACCCCAGCAAAGAUUCUCCCUGUACUGAACCACGGGUCCCCCACGAUCCUGGGCAAGCGAGGCUAUGAGCAACACAACGGCAUCGACGGCACCAUGAAGAAACGCCUGUUGAUGCCGUUUCGGGGUAAGACUCUCGCACAGUCGUGCUCCCGCCUACACUCUCAUCCUAAUCACGGACAAGUCAGACAGAUGGCUGCUGUGAACCGAGGCUAUAUGAUCAACGGCAAGCCAUACUCUCGGAGCUCGAAGAUCCUGAAGCCCGGCUCCUUGCCACCCAUGAAAGGGAGGAGGAUGAACUGGAUCGAUGCCCCCGAUGACGUCCUCUUUAUAGCCACAGAGGAGACCAGGAAAAUCCGGAAACUGCUCGGGCCGGUGGACAUGAAGAGGGCAGCCAGGCAGCCGUACAAGCAGAUCUUCAUCAGACAGGCCCGCGUCUCCUGCGCCGUGUCUCAGCCGUCUCGGCAGCCGGUGAACGAGGAGCCCAUCAUCAUCGAGGACUAGAUGGGGUGGGGGGGGGGGAGAGGGGCGAGAAGGAAAUUUCAAGAGAAGAGGAAAGCCAGAGAAACUGUAGUCCCUGUUUAUACUUGAACCUUCAGAGCUCCCGAACUAGACUGCGUGAGCCAGCGGCGAAUGCUUCUCAGCCCAGCCCGAUGCCUUCAGAUCAAAUCGGAAGGAUUUAUUAUCUCGAGGACAGGAUUAGGCUCCCCGUCCCCUUUCCGAGCGGAUGGUACCAGUGGAACGAGAACGACUUGCAGUGAAACGCUCGCCCUCCCCUCCUCC